GGCCGUAGGGUUGGAGAACGGAGGCUGCGCCUGCGCAGGACCCCGAGGCCCGGCGUGCGAGUAGGGUUGCCCUCGCGGGCAGGCGCCGGGGCGAAACCGGAAGACAGAGUAGGCAGGAGUGGCGCGGAGGCCAGCCGGCCUGGGUCCCUGAGGAGCCCUGGGCACCCGAACCGGCCUGCUGCUGCCGUCCUCAUCCAACGCUGGCCUCACGGGGGACGACCCCCAACGAGGUCCCUGCACCUACCUUCGGGGCGGACCCGGCAGGUUUUCUGUCAGAUGUUCCACCGUAAUAAUGCUGGAGUUAAGAAGUCUCUAUUCCUUUGCUCCAAACCAGAAGACUUUGUUCCCUGAUACAGAGUAGGAGCAAUGUUGGUUAGAAACUGGCUGGUGUUUAAAACUGAAGACUGUCAUGACUAUUUAACCUAGGCUCUAUGCUGAAGUAAGAUUAAUUGUCUUGGAAAUACUAAGUUGGAUUGUAAGAGAAUAAUUGUUCCAUUACUUCUCUCAUUGGAUUGCUCUAUGGUUUAAUUCUGAGUGCUCAAAGAAUCAUCCCCACAGGAACACAAUAAUACUGGUAACCAAAAUCUGUUUCUAGAACCAUGAAAAUUUUGCUGGUUUUUGACUUUGACAAUACAAUCAUAGAUGACAAUAGUGACACCAGGAUUGUACAAUGUGCUCCAGAGAAAAAGCUUCCUAUUGAACUAAAAGAUUCUUAUGAAAAAGGAUUUUGGACAGAAUUUAUGGGCAGAGUCUUUAAGUAUUUGGGAGAUGAAGGUGUAAGAGAAGAUGAAAUGAAAAGAACAGUGACAUCAAUGCCUUUCACUCCAGGGAUGGUGGAACUUUUAAACUUUAUAAGAAAGAACAAGGAUAAAUUUGAGUGUAUCAUUAUUUCCGAUUCCAAUUCAGUCUUCAUAGAUUGGGUUUUACAAGCUACCAAUUUUUAUGAUGUGUUUGAUAAAGUGUUUACAAAUCCAGCAGCUUUUGAUAGCGAUGGUCAUCUCACUGUGGAAAAUUAUCAUGCUCAUUCUUGCAAUAGAUGCCCAAAAAAUCUUUGCAAAAAGGUAGUUUUGGGAGAAUUUGUACAUAAACAGUUACAGCAGGGAGUGAAUUAUACACUAAUUGUUUAUAUAGGUGAUGGUGGAAAUGAUGUCUGUCCAGUAACCUUUUUAAAGAAGAAUGAUGUUGCCAUGCCACGGAAAGGAUAUACGUUACAGAAAACACUUUCCAGAAUGUCUCAAAAUCUUGAGCCUGUGGAAUCUUCUGUUGUAGUUUGGUCUUCAGGUAUUGAAAUAAUUUCUCAUUUACAAUUUCUAAUAAAGGAGUAAUAUGCCAACAAUUGAAAUGUGUAUCAGUUAAGAUUAGGUACAGCAGCAUAAAACUAAAACUCGAAAUACCAGUGGCUUAUAAAAAAGAAAGAUUUUUUUCCCUCUCACUUAAAAGAAUUCCAGGCUACUGUGUUGCUCUACCAACCUCAGCACUUGGCCUCCCACUCAUGAUCCAAGAUUGCUAUUCAAGCUCCAUCCCUCACAUCAUCAACAUUCUGGCCAGCAAGAAGAAGGGAAGUAAGUGAGAAGGUUGCACCCUCAUUUAAAUUUCAUUGGCCAAAACUUAAGUACAAUGCCCCCACCUAACUGCAAAGAAGGAUAAAAAAUAUAGCUUUUAUUACAGAUGGUCAUAUGCCUGGGAAAAAUUGGAAAAAAGAGGAGUACAAAAUUGAGGCAAGAGGUGAAUGCAACUAGCGGUCUCUACCCAAGGUGGGUGAUAGGUAGAUUAUAUUUUUAAAUUUAUUCUCAGAGUAGUUGUAUAUUUUACUUUCUUAGAUACUUAUUUCAAAAGCAUGUCCAGUAGUUACAGAUCUUAGAAAUAAGCCUGUUGCUUUAUUCACAUAAGAAUAAAAGGCUCCCAAAUGUAUAUAAUGUCCUACUCCUAAAUCAGUGUAUUUUGAAAAUAGGGAUGCAGUAUAUGUUGCCCAAAUUUUCAUCAAUUUCAGACUUUCCUUUUGAAAUGAAAUACAAAUUAAUGUUCUUCAAAUAUUUUAAAUGUAUAUUAGCAUCACAGACUAUAACUCUAGUAUGCUGGUUUAAUUAAUAUGUUAUUUCUGUUUGGCAAUGCAGUCUUGAGUGAUAACAAUAUAUAAUUUGUAGAGAUACUCUACAUUUAAGAGACUGUUUCAUAUAGAGAUUUUAGCAAAAUAUCAACUGAUCUAGAAAGUUUUAUAAUUCCAUGCUAAUUUCUAGACUCAUGUUUUAGAGGCAUAAAUAUCCAUUAUGUAAUAAUAUUAGGAUUUUCUUUUCCAUUAUGGAAAGCUCCAGAAAUAGAAGUGUUCAGUAUAAUUUAAUGGGAAAAAACUGGUACUGAUUUAUUUUU